UCUUCAAGAACAGCUCAAGACAGGAAUCAAGAGUUUAUUUAACAAAGAAGAACAACGGAAAGUUAUUUCCGGUGUCUGUCUUGUCAAUCGUGUCGCCUACGAUGUCACACAAACAGUAUCCCAGAAAGAACCAUUGCCACAAUGGCUCAUGAUUGAUACAGGAAAAGAGAAAUUUGAUCUGCUGCGAGACCGGAGAGUAACAAAAAUACUUUGUAAAGAGGGUAUGGAGAACUGUAGUGUAUCAUGGAUACUUGGUCAUAACGGCAAAGAGGAGCACGGACUUCCUCCUCUUAUUGAUGACAGCGGUAAAGAGCUAUCGAUUGACAGCUGGCCGGUUUAUCUGGCCACAGACAUGAAUAACAACAUUUAUAUGCUAGUCAAAGAAAAGUCGAGUCGUGAGCGCUGGAUUUUUAAUUUUAACGAAAGAGCUGAACAGCAUCACAGUUUUCUUGUCAGGACAACGGAAUUCGACUUUAAGCUGUGUAAACUGUCAGUCAGUGAUAGUGGUAAAGUGGUGGUACUGAAGAGUGACAGGACAAAGAAAUGGUCUUUUGUGGAUGUAUAUGAGACUGAUGGUCAUUUUGUUUGCAGUUUUGGAGAAAAAAUCUUGAGUUACCCGUACGACAUCACUGCUGUAAGUGAUGGCAAAGUUAUGGUGGUGGAAAAAGGGGAUCCGUCGUGUGCUCACAUAUUCAGCGAACAAGGUGACCAUCUGCACAGUUUUAAUCUGGAAAAGGCUCUAAGAUCUUUACAAGUUGCAUUUCACAGGGAAAGUAAACAAGUCGUCAUAGCUGGUGUUAAGGGUAUGAAUUCAGACAUCUUGUAUAUAGAAAUAGACAAUGAUGGUAAGUUGAUGCAAAGUAUUUCGAUCCAUUUCGGAGAGUUCAACAUAGCUCCGUUUGGGAUUGCAGUGACUUCUGAGGGACGCGUUGCAGUAUCAAUCAUGUUUGACGAUUCAAAACCUAAAGUAAUAAUUAUCUUAAAAACGUACUAA